CUACCCAUCUCGUCUUCCAUUAUCCCCCUCGUUUUCAUCUCUCCUCUAAACCAACCGUACAACUUGAUACCGCAGAUAUGGAGGUUCUACUGGGCAUCACUGGCAAGGACUUCGUCAUUCUGGCGGCCUCCAAAGCUGCCAUGAGGGGCCCCACCAUCCUCAAAGCCGAAGACGAUAAGACAAAACAGCUGAACAAGCACAGCCUUAUGGCUUUCUCGGGAGAGGCAGGAGACACAGUACAAUUUGCGGAGUACAUCCAAGCCAACAUUCAGCUAUACACGAUGCGGAACGAUACCGAACUGGGUCCGAAUGCAGUUGCUAGCUUUGUCCGGGGAGAGAUGGCGCGGAGUUUGCGGUCCCGGAAUCCUUAUACCGUCAACCUCCUCCUGGGAGGUGUCGAUCCCAUCACCCAGAAGCCCCAUCUAUACUGGAUAGACUAUCUGGCCUCCCUGGCUCCUGUACCAUACGCUGCCCACGGCUAUGCACAAUACUACUGCCUAUCCACCCUCGAUAAACACCACCAUCCCGACAUCUCGCUCGAAGAAGGAAUGAAGCUCCUGGAAAUGUGCACAGAUGAAUUGAAGCGCAGACUACCGAUCGAUUACAAGGGGGUUCUGGUGAAGGUGGUCACUAAAGAUGGCGUGAAGGAAGUAGAAUUCGAUAAUAACAGGAUCGUCAAGAGUGCCUAAUGCGUUGUAUCAUACCAAUGAUUGUCUUAUGUUUGCGGUUUCACGGGACUUGGGUUUAAGAGAAGAUCGGUUUGCAUGGCAGGGUAUUUUCCAUGACUUGAACCGAGACAUAGUCUCGCCUAUUAUCUAGCUGAGGUCGAGACCAAUGACCAUGAUUACUUGAGAUACCACCA